AAGUGCCAAGUUGUGCAGCUGAGGAACAAGAAUCCAAUAGUGCUCCUGGUUGUAUUGUUGCCCUGGGUGGCCACUCAAGCCUCUAAGCCUCUUGGGACAAUGGUGGGGGGACAACUGGGGAGGGUGUGAGCAGGUGGAGGGAGGUUUAGCCCACACCUUGUCUGCCUGCUGCCCACCUCCUCAGGGUGUGCUUUAGCCUGGUCACUCUCUAUACCCUCCCUCAGGGUAGAAAUGGCUUCAGUGUGGUCAGGGACCUCUCCUACCUCUGAAGAUACCCGUGUACAUGGGGUGGGGACGGGGGGCAAAACCAUCAACCUGGCUCGUACUCCUUAGGUGUCAACUUAGCAGACAUUGGCUAGAAGGUGUUCUCAAUAGGGGUCUUUGCAUAAGAGACAUAACCACUGUUUCAUGUCACUUGAACCCAUGGAGUUCCUUUGAUUAUUAUGCACUAAGAAACACUGGAUAAGUUCAGCCAUGCUCAGGGAUUUCGGUCUCUUUGCAAAGCCAGCGUUGGAUUUCAGACAUACUAGAGGAAAUCUGUCUCUGAGUCUGGGUUUCCUCAUCUGGCUCAGCACCCACAGUUCACUCCUCAGAAAGCUCAGUCUCUGACAGUCUCUAGGACUCCAAGGAAAAGGCAAACAGAGUGGCCAAGUGGUAAUUCUCUGCAGAGAAGGAGGGCAUGAUCCCAAAGGGGGAGUCUGACCUCAGAGACCAGGAAAGGGGACAAGGCAGAGAGUGGUGGCAGGAAAACUGCCAGAAGGAAACUUCCAGGGUUUGUGUGAGGGAGCAAUGAAAUGAGUUACACAAAGUACAUGCAAUAGCUUUUGCCCUUCUACCCCCUGAAGACACUCUUUCCAGAACUGUGGGUGGCGUUCGGGAGUUGUGGUGCAGACCUAUGGGAGCAAGAGGCAGGUGCCUUCACGGCAGAGGUCAGGGGGUGAGAGGGAUACCUGAGGAGGGAUAUGAAGAGGACAGGUGGAUUUUGUCUUCCCUCCUUCAGCCCUUCCUGCCACAGAGGCCAGGGGAAUGCUUCCCUUUCCAGGCUUCCUUGAGUAUCCUGUUGUCACAGGAAUAGACAGAAGGACAGGCAAGGAAGAGGACGGCAGGGACUGGCAGGAUGCAGAUCCCUUCCCUGGGGCAGCUGAGCCCUCCCACCCUCACCAGCACCCCCUUUCUGUCCCUCUCGGACUGACCCUCAUUUAAACUCACUGUCCUUCCCUCUUCCCUUGCCCUUCCUUGGGCCCCCAACCCCCUUCCCUGACACCUACCUCUCCACUGGCAUGGAGUGAGAGUCACUUUUGGACCCAGAUGUUUCAGUUUCUGCUAAUUUUUGCUGAGCGCCUGUUGAGUGCUGGGAAAAAUUCCCAGGAAUUCCCCGGGGCUUCCUCAGACCCGGCUCUGAGUCCUCAGUGUUCUGGUGUCGCUGUGAGUGUGGUCUCGACAGAGAAAGCACUUGCAGAAGGGGAUACAGAUUCCCGGGCUAGGGUCCCUUUGUAGCUGGGAGGCACCGCCCUAGGCGUCUUGGUUUCCUUCCCUCAGCGUGACAACUGAGGACAUGGAGCCUUCAGGGGACCUUGUGUUGUUAAACAGACACGUGUUGGUUGUGAAAACACAAGUGAGCUCAGAUUCAUGGCAAAUUUGAAUUGGGCGUUGGUAUGGAGCACGUCAGUGCUGAAGACCUGAACAUGGCCAGGACGUGUCGUCCUGGAAGACCACAGCCCUAAAUGCUGUAGGGUCAGGCCACUGAGUGUCCUUCCAUGGUGCCCCACAUGAAAGCAAGGCAACAGUUUCAAAUGCAAUCUGAAGCCGCAUGCUUAUUUUUUAAUAUUGAUAAUUCUUUCUAUGUAAAUACACAUUCACACACACACAACACACACACCCCCCACUAGGAAAACAAACUGAAAUGAAAUAAGAGACUGUGAUUCACUUGAUGACUCACUGGGGACUUUUCAGGAGGUUGGACUCGCCCGCAGGAGUGCUCUCCAGAGAGUCAGACAGCUGUGAGGUGCCCUGGCCGUGCUGGGCUCCACUGGGGAGGGGUUGCACGUACCCUGAAGCUGGACCCCUGACCCACAGCAUGGACUAUGUUAUCAUCAGAGAACAAACAUGGCCAUAACUAAUGUCUAAAGUAAAGCAGUGCAUGUCUCCACCCCUAACCCCGAACCCUCAGUAGAAAUUGCCCUUGUCUUCCUCCCUGGUGUCUUUGCUUAGCAAGGGAGGAGGUCAACUCCCAUGGAGCUGUGCACGGACUGGAGCCCAAUCCCACAGAGUCCCGGGUUCCACAGAAGCUGCCUUCACUCCUUUUUGCUGCCCUGGUCCUCUCUGAGGAGGACCAGGCCAUUCAGUCCCCAUGGGAAACUGUGGUCCCCUCCAACCUCCUGAUCUCCAUUGCCUGCAGGGCAUGUGGCCCUUCCUGUCUGUGUACCCACUGCAGCCUUACAGAGGCUGUGGGCUGCAGGGCUUGACACAGGUUGCCAUGAAGCCCCCACUUCCUGUCUUUCCCAGCUUUGGUUUUUCUUUCCUACACCUGCUCCUCUUCGGGAGACCCGUCCUAGAUCGAGAGGGGCAAUGGGCAGGUUGCUCCUGAAGCUGGAGACAGUGGUCUCCAGGAGGCUGAGCUAGCUGGGCUCCCCUGGGCAGUGAUCCCAGCAGGAGUCCACACGCAGAGACUGCAGGCCACCACCAGGGGGCGGGUGUCCUCCGGGGCAGGCAGGAGCUCAGAAGGGUGGCCCUGGAGGCUGGGGAAGCUCCUCUCCCAGGAGUGCUGAGGUUGUCAUUGUCAUAGGGCUUGUGCAGGGGUCUCAGUGAAAGGACUAAGGGAGUGUGAGUCUCCACGCUUUCCGUGGUUCCAAAGAAUUUCCCGUUCUGCCCGAGGGUCCAGGUCUAGCAGUGUCUCCCUCUUAGACUAUUCCCUUUUGUCUUCCUGGGAUUGCUACUGACUCUGCAGUGGACUGGGAAGCUCCUGCCACCCCAGCAAAGGGUCACACAGUGUCAGCGUGAGCAAGGGAGAGCAGUAGGUGUGAGGACUGGGAAAUGUGUCUGUGCAUGGCCAUUGAGAAGUCACGGUUGAAGGAAAUGGAAGCCCCUGACAAUAUUCGGGAUGGGUGACCUGGGGGAGGGGGGCCAGAGCAGGAGGGCGGAGGACAGUGUAGCCAGCACCCAGGACUGGGGAAGGGCGUCUGCAGGAGGUGAACAGUAAACUCUGUGACACCUGCUUUCUUUUGGUUGUUCCUUUCCUCCCUCCCAGCAGCUCUGGGAGUUUCUUUCCUGUGGGUUUCCAGCCCCGUUCCCUUUCUGUCCCCUUUAUGCCACUGAGGUCUGACUGCCCCUCUGACAUCUCAUACUCCUUCUUUCCAGAGACUACCCUAGCAGGAGGGGACCUAUCUGUUUUGCCUUCUCCUGCCAAUCCUAGAGAGACUGGCAAUGACUUAGUUUCCUGAGUGAUUCUGGGUGCUGACCAGAUGUGGAAACCCAGGCUCAGAGAAGGAUUUCAAACUAAUGUGCCUUGAAUCCAGGUGUAGCUUCCAAGCACAACUGUAUCUUCUCUGUGCAUCCCAGGAGAGUUGGUAUAGGAGAUAUGCACAGGUACUUCUGCCCCCCAAGGUAGCUGGAGUGGUCUGAGUGCUAUGGUGUGCAUGUGUGUGUGCUCUGGUGUGGAUAGACGCUCAUGUGUGGACCUGUGUGGACACCUGUGUGGGCACAGCAGGGCAGAGUGACAUCGGUGGACUAGGGAGGCAUUGCUGAGCAGGAAUAUUGUCUUAUGGGGCAGGACUUGAGGUCCUUCAAGGGUCUGUAUCAGUCCUUGCAACAGCAGUGCCAAGAGCAGGGAGGUGGGGUGAGGAAAGUGAGGGCUCCAUGCCAGAGUGCCUGGAGCCUUCCCUGCCAACUGCCACCCUCUGUGUCCUUUAGUCCUCCUGUCUGAACACUGGCCAUAGUCCCCUUGUACCCGAGUCUGUGUGUGUCUCUCUCCCCAACACCAUGUGGCUGUACCUGGCUGUCCUCGUGGGCCUGUACUACCUUGUGCGCUGGCACCGGGAGAGGCAGGUGGUGAGCCACCUCCGAGACAAGUAUGUCCUCAUCACGGGCUGUGACUCGGGCUUCGGGAACCUGCUGGCCAGACAGCUGGACAUGCGUGGCUUGAGGGUGCUGGCUGCGUGUCUGACGGAGAAGGGGGCCGAGCAGCUGAGGGCGCAGUCGUCAGACAGGCUGGAGACCGUGAACCUGGAUGUCACCAAGACAGAGAGCAUCUCUGCAGCUGCCCAGUGGGUGAAGGAGCGUGUGGAGGACAGAGGACUCUGGGGCCUGGUCAAUAAUGCUGGCAUGCUCAGCUCCUUUGGCCCCAAUGAGUGGCUGACCAAACAAGACUUUGUGACCACACUGGAAGUGAACCUGCUGGGGACGAUCGAGGUGACUCUGAGCCUGCUGCCCUUAGUGAGGAAGGCGAGGGGCCGUGUGGUCAACAUGUCCAGCAUCGCGGGUAGAUUGUCUCUUGUAGGUGGCGGCUACAGCAUCUCCAAGUACGGCAUAGAGGCCUUCUCGGACUCCCUCAGGAGGGAGCUAUCCUACUGUGGGGUCAAGGUGGCUUUGAUUGAGCCUGGUUACUUCAAGACUGCUAUGACCACUAAGGACAUACUCCUGAAAAAGGCCAAGGACAUGUGGGAUCGGGCCAGCUCAGAGGUCAAACAGAUCUAUGGCGAGAAGUUUCUGGCAUCCUACAUGAAAUCAACAGAACAAUUACAAGAAAAAUUAACACAGGAUCUGUCCUUGGUGACGGACUGCAUGGAGCAUGCGCUGACUGCCUGCCACCCGCGCAUCCGCUACUCGGCUGGCUGGGACGCCAAGCUCUUCUACCUCCCCAUGAGCUACAUGCCCACCUUCCUGGCGGACGCCAUCCUCACCUGGGGCCUCCCAAGACUGGCCAAAGCCCUGUAAAGACAGGACCGGGGUGCAUGAUUGAAGGGCAUUGGCUGCUGUGCGAGGGAGGGGUGCAUCAGCGGGAGGGUUGUAGGCUGGGGGAGGGAGCUCUCAUGCCAACAGUACACCUGUCCCACCUCUUCCUCAUCCUCUCCGAAGGAUUCUGGUGGGAUAUUACCCAAGACCUUGUGAUAACAGGAGGAAAGAGCCAAGGUCUUCUGCUGAGGAAUGGGAACCCAACUGCACUCAUUGGUGUCCUGUUGGCUUGAGUGGCCAUUCAAGGCUUGAAUCUCUUAAGUUCUGAGGAAUCCACAGAAUUGUGGAGGGUUGAGUAGGUGGAAGCCGGCUCAGUCCACACCUGCUCUGCCUUGUGCCCCCUGUGGUGUGCAUUUGCCUGGCCAGGGUAUAUGCCCUCCUUCAGGAUGGAAAUGGCCUGGAGCAAGCUGGAGCACUCCUGUUAUGAUGACACCUGAGCACAUGGGCUGAGGGUGGGAGUACAACCCUCAACCCGACCCCCAACCCCUGACUCCUCUGCGACCAGCUCUGCAGGUACUGACUGGAAGGUGGGAUCCUCCCUUGUUAUGCUGAAAGAAGAUUUAGAAGAUUCACAAACUCGUCGUUCAUUUAUCUUGACCCAUGGUUGUGUGUUGAUUGUUUUUCUUUUAGAAUAAACAUUGCCAGUUCACCCAUG